AUGCCUCGUACAGAAGAUAGCGCCUCAGUCCCGCGAGACGCCGUGCUUCUCCAGAUACAUCCGCCCAAUGUAUCUGGCCCAACGCUACUAGUGGCCAUGGAAGAUGGACAUGUUGUCACAUUUAACGUGUCAAGAAAGGACUUUUCGCUUUCAGGAAGAAAGUCCGUGAUCCUGGGAACCCGGCAAGCGCGCCUUCACGUUCUUCCUGAUCCCGGUGGCUUCUAUAAUGUAUUUGCUACCACAGAGAAUGCGAGCCUAAUUCACAGUUCGGAGGGUAGACUUGUCUACUCCGCCACAACUGCUGAGGAUGCCGUUCAUGUUGUUCCGUUCGAUGCCGAGGCGUAUCCCGACUCGAUCGUAAUUGCGACUAGUUCACACUUGCGGCUAUCGCAACUGGACACCGAAAGAAGGACACAAAUUAAUGCCUUCCCACUUGGCGAAACCGUGAGGCGGUUGGCGUACUCGCCCACCCUUAAGCUAUUUGGUCUUGGAUGUCUCGUCAGACAACUUAACUCGGAUCCGCCAGAGGAGAUUGUGCAGACACGGGUUUGUCUGGUUGACGAAGUCAUGUUUGAGCUUCUCGGAGAACCCUAUCUUCUUCCCACCCCAGACGGGCACGAGAUUCCAGAAUGCAUAAUCCGGGCAGAACUUCCGGACUCGAAUGGGGAGCUCGUUGAGCGCUUUAUCGUGGGGACUAGCAUAUCCGCGGAUCCAACGACGGGGAACCCACCAGCAUAUGGAGGCCAAAUACUCAUCCUUGGUGUUGACAGCGACCGGAAGCUGUUCAAGGUGUCUUCAAAACUACUUCACGGAGCCUGCAAGUGUUUGGGGGUCCUUGGGGACCAUGUAGUCGCUGGCCUUUCCUCGUCCAUCAUCGUCUACAAAUACACUGAAGAGUCGAGCACCUCGGCGCAGCUGCAGGCCCUGGUCGCUUAUCGUUCCUCAACUUACCCGAUAGAUAUUUCAAUUCACGGGAAUAUCAUAGGCGUCGCCGACGUUAUGAAGUCGCUAACCCUCCUCGACUUCGAACCCGGCUCGGCCCAAUUGCCGCCGGUGCUUCGGCCUCGGGCGCGGCACAAUAGAUCAGCGUGGGCCACGGCUGUCUGCCACAUCGAAAGCGACGCGUGGCUGGAAUCAGACUCGAGCGGAAAUCUUAUGGUAUUAACACAGGGAACAGAUAGCAAUUUUGAACCAGCGCGCCCAACUCUUGAGGUCAGCAGCGCUUUGAAUCUAGGAGAGCAAGUCAACAGGAUUCGGCCUCUCAACGUCGUUACGAGUCAAAACGCUCCAAUUGCGCCCAAGGCGUUCCUCGGGACGGCUGAUGGCGGACUCUACCUCUUCGGCACAGUGUCCGAGACCCAUUUAGAUCUCCUCACAACCUUCCAGAGCAGACUGACGACGUUUGUGGAGUCGCCCGGCGGGACUAAUUUUAUGCAGUGGAGGACUACAGAUAAACUGCCUAUCGAACACACGGGGCCAUGGAGAUUCAUAGAUGGGGGAUUUCUUGAGCACUUUCUGGAUAUGAGUGAAGCAACGCAAGAACUGGUCUCCCGCAACUCAAUCCACCCUGUCAUCCUCACAGCCCGCGAUGGCGACUUUGACGAACGCAUCUCGUGUCUGCCUCCGGGGCAUGACAAGGCAGUCGGCUCUCGCGUCCGUCCCCGUACGAGCGCUGACCACCUCGGCAACCGUCCAGACUCGGCGCCCUCCGCGUACGGCUACCAGGCGACCUUCAAGGGCACCAGCAAGGGCUCCAAGAUCCCCGACUUUGGUAGCUACAUGUCCGACAAGGCUCCUGCUACCAACAAGAUCUUUUCCUACUUUAUGGUUGGCGGUUUGGGCGCCAUCACCGCCGCCGGUGCCAAAUCCACUGUCGAGGAGUUCCUCAAGAACAUGUCCGCCUCUGCCGACGUCUUGGCCAUGGCCAAGGUUGAGGUCGACCUCAACGCCAUUCCUGAGGGCAAGAACGUCAUCAUCAAGUGGCGUGGCAAGCCCGUCUUCAUCCGACACCGAACCGAGGGCGAAAUUGCCGAGGCUAACAAGGUCAACAUUACCUCUCUCCGCGACCCCGAGAACGAUGCCGACCGUGUGAAGAAGCCCGAGUGGCUUGUAAUGUUGGGUGUCUGCACCCAUCUCGGUUGUGUGCCCAUUGGUGAGGCCGGUGAUUACGGUGGCUGGUUCUGCCCUUGCCACGGUUCGCAUUACGACAUCUCCGGACGUAUAAGAAAGGGACCCGCUCCUCUUAACCUCGAAAUCCCCGAGUACGAGUUCCCCGAAGAUGGCAAGCUGAUCAUCGGUUAA